AUGAUUCAAUGGUCGCUGCCGGUAGCAUUCCUGCCGAAGCAUGUCAAGGGUCAAGAAGGCGAACUGAGGGCGGUUGCCAUUGUGAUUGAAAAGCCGCUGACCCCCAAACUUGCUAUUGUCGUUUGCGAUGUUAUUGUCGUGACUCGCGAUGACGUUGAUGCUGCGGUCUCCGAGAUCGAAAGGACGACUGGCAUUCUCCCCGCUAACAUCCUGAUUAGUGCCACGCACACGCAUCAUGCACCAAGUACCAUCGUCGUGCACGGCUAUGGCCGCGACGAGGUGUUUUGCGAACGUCUACGCGAAGGGAUUAUCCGGGCUGUCCAACAGGCAGACGCGAACUUAGGGGACAACGAAUCCCAUUUCUACUUCCAUCAAGGCGAAGAAAAUACUAUUGGUGGUAACAGUCGUCUGUUGCUUGCUGACGGCACAAUCUGCGGGGAUGUCCGCUCUCCUAGUUUCUACGGCUUGACGGCACAGGAGUUGGAAGCCGAGUUGGGCGGCAGCGUGUGCUUUCUGCCGGGCGCGUUUGGCUCGACGCACAAUGUCACCGAGGUGCCACCUCCAGAGGCGGUUAGGCGGCUCAAAGGGGCGAUCACCGACGCUAUGGGGCUGGCGAAACUGAUGCCCGUUGAUAAAUUGGCGUCUAUCCAGCGUUCCUUUACGUUCAAGGUUCGGACGUUUGACGACGAGGUAGAGGACGAAAAAGUAUCUUCGUACUGCCGUAAGCGCGUGCCGGACGGCGCAGAUAGCACUAUUAAUGUCUUCCGAAACAUGCGUCAAGUGCUUGCUCCCCAACAGGGGCAAACACGUCAAACCACACUCCAAGCGAUGGUUAUGGGUGAAGUCGCCAUUGUCGGUGUGCCGGGCGAACUAUUUACAGGUUUAGGCGUUGACCUCAAGGAACGUUCUCCUUUUCAGCAUACUUACAUCGUCUCGCUUGCCAAUGACUGGAUGGGCUACCUGCCCGACCGAGAAGCUCACGAACUCGGCGGCUAUCAAACUUGGAUGGGACUACACAGUUACGCAGAGGAAGGCACCGGCGAGCGGAUGGUUGAUGAAUCCAUCCGUAUGCUCCGGCAACUGCGAGCAAAAAUAAGAAGUAAACAGACAGAAGUAGAAACUAAGAAAAGACUCGAGAGGUAUCAAUAUGGUGAACUAUUCUUUUGA